AUGCCCGGCCACGUCGAGAUCUCGGUCCAAGCCAUUGGAGACUUCCUCGCGAGCCUCCCGCAGGAGGUGCUGACCUCCGCCCCCCCGUCGCACCUCCCCACGGCGCUGCCGUUGGCGUUCCCCUCGGACCUCCACCACGUCAACUUCCUCGCGGUCCUGCACCUCGUCAACGCGGCCUUCUCGGGCCCACAGCACCUGGCGUACUUCGCCGAGUCGCGCGAGACGCCUGGCGACACGGCGCUGCGCGGUGUGCUCGGCCUCUUCCUCGCCUCCGAGCCAGGAUGGACGGCGGGUAACCUCCUUUCGGCCAAGGCGUGGGCCGCCGACGAGCUCACCGAGGCCAAGAUCGCCGAGUUCUUCGGCAUCGAGAUCCUCCGCGAGCGCGAGCACGAGACGAUGAAGGGCGUGCGCGUUGGCGAGCGGUGGAAGCCUGCCGUCGACGUUGCCGUCGAGCUCGUCGUCCUCUUCCAGACCCUCGGCCAGGGCAUCAAGGCCUCGUGUCUCGGCGAAGAGGUCAUUGCGCUCCUCACCGUCGACAAGGAGCGCAGUGUCUCCGACCCCGACACGGCGCUGUCGUUCGCCAAGGACUUCUGCCACCUGGUCGUUGGGCUGGUUCCCACGCUCGCCGACCCGUACCCCGCCCCUCCUGGCACCGUGCUCCCCGCGGCGCCGCUUGAGCUGCUGCAGGACCUCGCGCACCAGUUUGGCCCGAACAACGCUGCGAUCCCCUUGCCCGAGGCCAAGGCGCUGGCCAACGUCUCGCCGCUGCCGCUGCCCCUUGGCGUGCUCCUCCACCUCGGCAUCCUCGAGCCGUCCGAGUCGCUCGAGGGCGCCGCCGAGCUCAAGCACGCGACCGGCAACUGGUGGUCUGGACGCAAGCCGGGCGACCUGUUCACGCCGCCCAAGAGCUCCGAGACGCGCCUGCCCGAGAUCAUCAAGGUCCCGGCCGACACGUUGACGCAGCUCCUGACGGCGAGUGUCGACGCGUGCCGCGAGAUUGCGAGCCACGCGCGCUUCUUGAAGAACGGCGAGGACUGGAAGAAGGCCAUCACCGAGGUCGACGUGUCGCGCAUCUUUGCGAGCUUGAACACUGCGCUCGACUCGCACCAGGCCGGUGUACGCCUGGUUCUCGCUUAA